AUGUCUUAUUUCACAUCUUCACAUGGUUCUAGCUCCUCCUGGACACCCAAACAAAACAAGCUGUUUGAGAAGGCACUGGCUGUAUACGACAAAGACACCCCAGACCGCUGGCAAAACGUGGCCAAGGCUGUGGGUGGCAAGUCUGCCGAAGAGGUUCGGAGGCACUACGAUCUUCUUGUGGAGGAUCUCAAGUAUAUAGAAUCCGGCAAAGCCCCUCUGCCGAACUACAAGCCCUCUGGGAGCAAUGGUAGAGGACUUGUUGAAGAGCAGAGGCUUAUGAGGAACUUAAAGCUGCAAUGA